GCAGUGUUCUCUGCAACAUUAGCAGAUCUACAGCAUCAGCAGGACCAUGUCACUGCUCCUCCUUCAGCUGCUAGUGCUCUCGUGUCUUGGAGACACAGAGCCACAGCCAGAUUCACAGCAAAGGAAAAGGCGGCCACUUCAGCACCUUUUCUAUUUGGACAGAAACUUACUUGAAAGCCAGAGUUUUCAUGAGUUGGUGGGGGAAAACCCAGUAGGUGUUAAGGAAACCCAGGAAGAGCCAAGCUUUUUUAUAGCAUUUCCACAGACAGCAGGAGAGAGUCAGAAGCAAGGGGAGAAAAAAAUGUCCAGAUUCAUCCUUCCUAAUGCAGAACUCUAUGCACACCAAGAUCUGAGAACCUGGGCAGCACCCAAAGAGAUCUCUCCUGUGGAAAACUUCUCUCCAUCCUACUAUUCCAACAAGAGGGAUGUUGAACCUCCCUAUAGAAAAGAUGCCAAAAAAUUCUGGGACCAUUUCAUGUUAAGGAAAAAUUCAGCUUCUGAAGAGGUUGUCCUGCCAAUCAAGACCAAUGAAAUGCACCAAGAAACUUGCAGAACCCUGCCUUUUUCCCAGAGUGUUGCUCAUGAGAGCUGUGAGAAGGUGAUAGUCCAGAACAAUCUAUGUUUUGGCAAGUGUAGUUCCUUUCAUGUUCCUGGUCCAGAUGAUCGUCUUUAUACCUUUUGUUCUAAAUGCCUGCCCACCAAGUUUUCCAUGAAGCACUUGGAUCUCAACUGCACCAGUUCUGUCCCAGUGGUCAAAAAAGUCAUGAUUGUGGAAGAGUGCAACUGUGAGACUCAGAAGAUAGAAGAUCCUCUGCUUGGAUCUCGACAGUCAGAUUUUCUUGGAAAUCUACCUGAGCACAAUUAACCCAUUCAAGGUAACUCUGAAGUCCCAGGUCAUAAGAAUUUG